AUGAACACUUACACAGGCAUGUAUAAAUCAAUAUCUCAAGCUCCAUCAUCAUUUUCCAGUCAACUUGCUACAUUUACGCAAAUGUUUAAGAGUUUGUCGGAUUGUGAUAAAGUUGUUGCGCUAUGCGUACUAGCUAGAAUGAUCAAGAAAAGCCACAUUAUCUUCCUAAUUAACAUCUUCAAAAAGAUGUCCCUAUCAACCAGCAACAACAUCAACAACAACAUCAGCAAAGAAAAACAUCACAACUAUAAAGCUACCAAUGAUAGCAACAAUAACAACAACAACAACAACGUUGAUGAUGAUGAUGAUGACAACGGCGAUGAGGACGUUGAAUUUAUUGAUGAUUAUGAAUCGUUGGAGCACCUAGCAAAUGAUGCGAUACUUGGUUGGGUCCCAAUUUCGUUCAUAUUUUUUUCAUCAAACUCGAAAAAAUCCCACAGAUUGCUCAGCAACUCAACAACGACAACAUCAAAAAUUGACGCCACCAGUAACAACAACAACAAGACAAAACAACUACUCACCUAUCUCUACAUACACCCAGCUGUCAACAAACACGAAAUCACAAACAUUGUUUUGCAACUAGAUGGCACUAACAAUGCAAACAUUGACGCGUACUCGGAUAUCAUACUUGGCACGAGCCCAUUCAACUCAAAAACUCAAAAUUUUAUUCCAAAACCAAAGAGGAAUGUUGCCUACAGUUUCAGCAACAAUUUUAGCCUUGCAAAUUCCCACCACCAACAGCAACUAAACCAGCAACAACAACAACAAUUACAGCAGCAGCUGCUGCUAAUACUACAACUUCUUCAACAGCAUCAACAAUUAACAAAUAUAUCUCGAGAAUCACCCACAAUGAAACAUUCCCCAACUGACCAACAUCCAAUGCCGAAGCACGUUUCAACUCAGCAGCACUACCAACAACUUACUAGCCAUAGACAAUAUUUUUCACCAUCACAACUUUCAAUCACCAAUCAGCAACGUCAACCAAACUUCCAGCAACUUCAACACCAACCACAACAACUCAACUGUACUAAAGCCAAAAGACCCCUGAAAUCAUCCGCCUCGCUCUCACUUCCAUAUCAAAAACUCACACUAUGCAGUACAAGUGACUCCAAUCUUAUCAACAUUGACAUCAAUAACAAAAUCAGCAACAAAAAUGACAAUAUUAACAAAGGCAGCAAUAUUUCGGAUGACAUCAACACUGACAUCAACAAAAAUAACAUCAACUCAAAAAGCGGUGAUGAAAUCAGUGCAAACCAAAUAUCUGAUAACAACAACGACGUUGUUACUAACGCAAAUAGCGUCCAAAAUGACAAUAGCAAGAGCAACAACAACAACAGCAAUGAUAGCAUCAGCACUGACAGCAACCAAAAUGAUCCGAACAUCGCCAGCAAAAUUACCAAAGCAGAAGCAUUGAAGAACGUUCAUUUCAAUCUACAGCAAUCUCUAUCUAACUAUGAGAGUGGAGCCUCAAAAUCGAGUGGCCAUCAGAAACUUUCGCGCACAAAAUCUCUCGUACCUGAUUGGCUAAACAAGGGCCAAUCAAAUGAAGAGACCACAAGCUGCAACACUAACUCCGCUCACCAAACUGUUUCGCGGCGUAGCAGUGCUGCCUCGUCUGACAGCAACGACGAAUCAAAAGCUACGGCAAACAACAGCCUCGAAUAUGAUUGGUCGACAUUGGUUUACAAGUGGUUAAAAGAUCUGAGACUACACAAGUACGCCAACCUCAUCAGGCACAUGACUUACCACCAGUUGCUUAACAUUGAUGAGGAUUGGCUCGUGAAGAUGGGCGUGACGAAGGGGGCGAGAGACAAACUGAUGAACAAUCUCAAAAAGUUGCCUGAUCGAGCAAAGAAUUUGGAAAUUUACGAAAAAGAACUAAAAACAAGUCCCGAAAAUAUUCACAGAAUCAUCAGUGACCUGACACACAUCGUCAAAACCCCAUUGGCCAAACAUAAUGACGUCACAAACGUCGACGGCCAAUCAGAUGCAGCCAAUGAAUUUUCGAAUUUUGAAUCAAACGUUCCAAAGAUGGCACAACAGAAUGUUGAUCUAACUGAGAAAAUUAUUUAUCUGCUCGGCAAAGUAUGCACGGAACUACUAACAAGCAAGCAGCAUGAUUCGGCUUCAUGUUCUGCCUAUCUUGAACUACUCAACCUUUGCUCCAUCCAUCCAUCUUUUUCGGAAGAGCAGAGGAAAAAACUGCUGCCAUGGAAACAUCAGAUCAACAAACAACAAUACAUUGAGAGGAAUAGAGUCUUAAGCUGCAAACAGCAGAAUUCUAUAAAUAGACUUUCUGGGAUUUCCACUCGGCAGCAUACCAUGCUGGCGCCAUCAUCAUCAUCGUCAUCUUUUGUGUUUAAGGGUCAAGCUGAUGACGAUCUAAAGGCAAAACUCCAAGUGGGAAGGACACAUUCGGCGCCGCUAAACACUGGAUUAAAACUCAGCACCGUUAAUGUGGAGAGAUGUGAUUCCAAUCUUGAUCCAUUCAUGGAGAAACAUGCUCUUGGAGGUGAUGACGAUGAUGACGACGACGAUGACGAUGAUGAUGAUGAUCACAAAGAUGGUGAUAAUGAUGGUAGUGACGAUGAUGGUGAUGUUGAUCAUGAGAGCAUACUGAUCAUGUUGACAAUUAUCAACAACAACAUCAACUUCAACAACAACAUCAUUAACAACAACGGCAACAACAUCAUCAACAACAACAACAUCAACGAUGAAAAUAACAUCAGCAGAAAAAACAACAAAUUCAACGAUUAUGACGAUGACGAGUUUGAUGAUGAUUACGAAAAUAACGAUGUUGUUGUUGACGAUGAUGAUGAUGAUGAUGACAACAAAGAACAAUAA